GAGCACUAUGGACGUUAAAAAGUUGCUAGAUAAUCCGAAAAUUACCUUUGUGUUGGGAAAGGACUCUGAGUUUAGAGCUCAGAUCUGUGAGAAGCUGGUCGAAGAGCAUAAAUAUACCCUCAUCUGCUCAGAGAAAUUACAGCAAAUUGAAAUGCUGAAAUCAAAGAAGAAGAUUACUGAUGGAACUCUUGAGAUAAAUGCACUUAUUGCGAACCCUUCUAAGAAUUAUCUCAUGAACGGAUUCCCAUCUGCUGCUGAUCAGGCUAUUAAUUUUGAGCAGCAAGUGUGUGAAUGCCAAACUGUUCUAUACUUCCAAGACAAAAGUGAUGGAGAGGAAGAAAAAGUUGACCCCUCUACUGCAGCAAUUCAGGAAGUCAUCGAGAAAUACCAACUAUUUGGAAAAGUCAGAACUAUUGAUUCCAGCCAAGAUUUUGAUAAAGUUUAUAAAGAAGCACAAAGAGCUCUUUUUCCAGAAGUGUUCUUUCUUAUUGGCCAAAAAGCAGCUGGGAAAACAACCGUUGGAUCUUCAUUAGCUGACAGAACAAAUAUGGUCCUUGUUCAGUUCGAUGAAUUUAUUGAUAAGCAUAACCUUCAUGAUGCUGAUGAUGAGACUGUUACUUUAGCUUUGAUAGGCACUCUAAAGAACGAGGUGUCUCCAAGAGUAUUGAUUGAGAAUUUCCCACAAAAUCUUAUUCAAGCUAAAUGCUUCAUUAAGAAUUGUACUGAGCCCUCAAAAGUCUUUUAUUCGAAGUGAAGUAAAGAUACUUGACAAGAAAGAAUGAUAACUCUUGGAAAGGAUCAUAGUGAUUACGUUUCAUCAGCUCUUUUAUCAAAGAAGAUCAAGCAGUUCCAUGAUCAGGCUUCUUCUCUGAUUCCAUAUCUUCAGGAGACAACUGAAUUCCAUGAAAUCAAUUGUGACCAAGAGCUUCAAUUUGUACAUCAGCAGGUUAGAGACAUUGUUGAGCCAACUGUGAUUCAUAUCAGAGCUGGAUCAAACAACGAUCUGAAGAAAGAAAUGAUCAAUGAGCUUGUUGAAAAGCAUGGGUUCAUAAAUCUCGAAGUUAGCAGCCUGAUUAGACUUGAAACAGAGAGAAGAACCCCAGUUGGAGAGGAGUUUCUACAAAUAGUCCAACAUGGAAAGAUUAUCCCAGCAGAAAUGAUUGUCAGAAUGCUUAGAAAGAUCAUUUAUAGCGGCCAAAACCAAAAUAAGUUCAUCUUGAAUGGAUUCCCAGAUGUGAUUGAGCAGGUUGUUGAAUUUGAAACAAACUGUUCUAGAAUCAGUGCUGUCUUCCUCACAAAUGAAGCAGGCAACAAUGUAGUCGAGAUUAAAAAUAACAACCUGACUUUGUUCAACAUUGAUGCCUUAUUCCAGAAGGAAUUUAGGUUAAAAACCACAGAUUCAUGGGACUUUGGGCGGUUCAAUGAAAUGCUUGGCUCAAAAACUGACUACAUAAUUGUUACAGGAACUUGGUGCUCUGGUAAAACAACAGUAUGAAAGUUCCUCGAGUCUAACUACGGAUACACUAUUGUUGAUCAGGCAGCAGCAAAAGAAAGAGUCAUGAAGAAUCAUGAAAAUGAUGACGAACCUCCAGAGAGACCACCACCAAAUGAAGUUGUUGAAGAAUUGAAAGCAACUGUUGACCAAUUAAAACAGAAUAAGGCUAAAAUUGUCUUCGAUACAUUCCCAGGGGCUCAACCAGAAGAUUUUGAUGCCAUUCUCGAUCACCUUGGAACUCCAGAUUAUAUCAUGAAUAUCGAUGCUGAUCUUGAAGAAAGGAAAAAAAGAUACAUGGCUAAAACUGAAACUGAAGAAUGGGGAGAAGGACAAGAUGAGGAAGUCUCUAAGCUUGAGGACAACACCGAAGCAUUAGUUGAACAUGUUAAAGCUAAAUAUGAAGGGGUUUCAGAAGACAGAUUCAGAAUUCUUCAAUUCCAUGUGUCUGCAGACAACAUGCAAAGUCAGAUAAAUGAUGAGAUGUCUCCAAAAGUCAUCUUGGUCCAUCAUGAUAAGAGGCUGUCUUCUGAUACAACAUGCGCUAACUUAGCUAUUAAGUACAACCUGAUUUACAUCAGUGUUUACCAGUUAAUCAAAAAGCAUAUUGAAGAAAAGACUGAAUUUGGAUUGCAGCUCUUGGCUACAAAGAAGCCGAGAGAUAUCAAGAUAAACUCACAGACAAGGGAUGAGUUUGAGGAAGCUACUUAUAGUGCUGUUCACUUCGAUCAAUCUUUAGUUCUGAAAUUGGUCAAGCACACUGUCAAUUUGACCUUGACGAACCAAAAGUAUAUCUUAUUGGAAGGAAUGUGCAACACUAAUAUCCUUUCUAAUGAGGAAGACCUACUUGAACUUACUCCAAUGAAUGAGCUUCUUGAUAUUGAAAGAGAAGUUGGAGAAGUUGUUGCAGUCUCAAGCUUGAAAUUCACUCAAGAAUCCACUGAAGAAGAGGAAGCUGAGUACGAGAACUUCCCUGAACCACCUCCAGUUGAAGAAGUGAAAAAGGAAGGUGAAGGAGAAGGCGAUGAGCCUGAACCUGAACCAGAGCAAGAUGAAGGUGAAGGAGAUAACAAAAAGGAAGAUUUCAAGGUAGAAGAUUAUCAAUGGACUAUCACUAACAAAAAGCCAAAGAACUUAGUCCAAGUAUACCUCCAAUUGAAAGGAAAAGAUGCAAUUCACGAGAUCAAAAAUGCAGAAGAGUAUUCGAGCUCCCAGUAUGAAUCGAUCAGCAAAUCAUUGGAUGAGUUCAUCACAAGAGUAGUGGGAGGAGAUCUCAAGGGCAAAAAUCCUAUAAUUCAAGUAGUUUUCAUGGAAUAAAUAACCAUUCAAUUGA